AUGAUGCAGCAUUGGUCGCCGUACAUAAUUCUACUUGAAAGAAUGAUAGACAAUCCGUGGUUGGUUACAGCUCGACGGGCAAUGAAUGCCACGAAUGAAGGAGUUCAAAACCCUGAUAUUGGACGGUUCAGCGUACGUUCACCUGCUGCUCCUUUAUACUUUGCUGGUUUAACUCCGUCUGAUCCACGGGAAGUAGAAGCCCUUACAUUCGCGGGGUUCCUUGGCAUUCCACAACCUGCCAAUGCUCGGUAUACCGAAGCUCGAAUGUGGAAUAGUUUGCGCCAAAAUGUGCAGCCUUUACGGCCUUUGCGGUACAAAGAAAGGAAACUAUUCGCAGAAAUCUCAGCAUCGUCAUCGUCCACGAUAGUCCAUUCGCCCGAUCCAUUUAAAUACUAUACUUACAGUGAAUACUUUACCACUGAUGAUCUUGAUGCAUUGUCUCCAAAUUCUGCAGCCAAUCUUUUUAGAAAUCAGAUUAAUCAGCGAAGUUUAACGGUUCCAUCGAAUUCUAACAAAAUCGAAGCUUUCUCGUUGCCCUAUCUUAGGGUGUUUCUACUCGUCUUGGAUGCCUACUUGAUUGUGUCCAGAUUCUACUCUGCUUGUCGAAAUUUUUGUGCUCUGUGGCUUGGAAAAAGGCGCCGAGUUUAUCAUAAUACCCGAAAUAAGGUUGAAAUUGCUAAUGCAAAUGCGGAUCGAUCUGUUGCCAAACAGGCGCCACUUAAUGAACACUUAAAUGAGGCAUUACUGCUAACGAACAGUGAUAUUGAAACAUCGCAUACACCAAAUGACAUGGAAUCUCUGGAUCCGCAAGCAUCUACUCUGAAUGAGAGUGAUGUAAGUCUGUUUGAAUAUCUUAAUUUUUGGUGUACUAUGUACAAAGUCAUGAAGAAAGACGUAGUAUGGUAA